AGUAGUAGUAGUAGUAGUAGUAGUAGUAAUAGAAGUAGUAGUAGUAGUAGUAGUAGUAGUAGUAGUAGUAGUAGUAGUAGUAGUAGUAGUAGUAGUAGUAGUAGUAGUAGUAGUAGUAGUAAUAGAAGUAGUAGUAGUAGUAGUAGUGGUAGUAAUAGAAGUAGUAGUAGUAGUAGUAGUAGUAGUAGUAGUAGUAGUAGUAGUAGUAGUAGUAGUAGUAGUAGUUGUAGUAGUUGUAGUAGUAGUAGUAGUAGUAGUAGUAGUAGUAGUAGUAGUAGUAGUAGUAGUAGUAGUAGUAGUAGUAGUAGUUGUUGUAGUAGUAGUAGUAGUAGUAGUAGUAGUAGUAGUAGUAGUAGUAGUAGUAGUAGUAGUAGUAGUAAUAGAAGUAGUAGUAGUAGUAGUAGUAGUAGUAGUAGUAGUAGUAGUAGUAGUAGUAGUAGUAGUAGUAGUAGUAGUAGUAGUAGUAGUUGUAGUAGUUGUAGUAGUAGUAGUAGUAGUAGUAGUAGUAGUAGUAGUAGUAGUAGUAGUAGUAGUAGUAGUAGUAGUAGUAGUAGUUGUUGUAGUAGUAGUAGUAGUAGUAGUAGUAGUAGUAGUAGUAGUAGUAGUAGUAGUAGUAGUAGUAGUAGUAAUAGAAGUAGUAGUAGUAGUAGUAGUAGUAGU